GCCAACGUCACUGAGCAAACGGUCGCACUUGCAGUCGGUGUGGAGUUCCCAUUGUGUUAUUCAAGCUAUUCAGCAGCGAGCAGAGUCCAGGUGACCGCAAUAUGGUGAUCGAUAUCAAAAUGUGCCGCUUUGACAAUGUGCCCUGGGGCUUUCGGCUGGUGGGCGGCGCUGACUACGACUAUCCACUGACUGUGGUUAAGGUCACGGAGGGCAGCAUCGCCGAGGAGGCGGGCCUGCGCGUCGAGGAUGUGAUUGUGCGUAUCAAUGAUACGGCUGCCAUGCCCCUCACGCACGACGAAGCCCAUCGCCUAAUCAUGAGCAGCGGUAGCGUGUUUUAUUUCGGCGUGCAUCGCGAACGUGAGGAGGAGGAGGAGAUCUAUGCGGGUCCCAAGCGCUUCCCAGUGAGCGCCAGUUCUUUGACCAUGUCACCAACCGCAUCCGCAUCCGCAGCCACCUCGCCUUUGCCGUCGCUAACGGAAGCCACAAAAGCGUUCAUGCCGGAACAGGAACAGGGCGAGGUUGCGCAACUGGAGGCGAAUGUGGAGCUGGAAUGUCGCAGCGCUGUGACGGAAAUGCAUUCGCAUGCCAACGAGGACAGCCAGAACAACCAGGCGGAGCAGCAGAACCAGGCGGAGGCAUCCACCAGCGUUGGGCAGGCAACGAAUGGUGGCCUCUAUUUGCCCGAUUUGCCCGAUCGGCCGUGCUCGGCGAUGUCAGAGCAGACGGAAAUUAAGCUGGUGGAGGAGGAAAUUGCCGCAGUGCUGUCCGGCGAGUCGGAGGUGCUCAAGGAGCACAAUGUGCUGGGCGUUAAUUUCUACAGAAUCUUUCCCAAGCCGGGCGUCUGCAUGACCAGCGACGUGCUGCGCUCGCUCAACGAGGAGGUGACCAAGACCAAGCUGGAGAAGGAGAAGGAGAAUCGCAAGUGGUCCACGUUCCUCCAGCGACCGGAUCGACCCGUCCCCAAGAGCAAGCAGCAGCUGGAGGCGGAACGCCGGGCGGCCAAUGCCUACAAGGUGAAGAUUGUGAAGUCGGCGCCACGCGACAAGUCGCCCAUGCCGGAAGCCAAGCCAGCCCCAAAGGAAGCCACCCCACCACAACCGGAGCCAGAGCCGGAGCCGGAGCCGGAGCAGAAGCAGAAGCAGAAGCAGGUUGACCCGGUGGAUGAGGAGCCAUUGCCCACGGACAGCGAAGUCCCGAAUUUGGAACAAUUGCCAGACAAUGGCAACAACGCGACGCCCGAGGAGACGGAUGGCGAGCAGUUAGAGAAAACGGAUGCGUCCAAAGAGGAGCCCGGACAGCAGACGGCCGACGAGCAACAAACAGCAAUUGAGCCUAACGAAGGGGAGGGUCAACAGGCCGUGCCAGAGGGUGAGGGAGAGGGCAAGGGCGAGGGCAGCGGCGAGGCAACUCCGGCCAAAACCGAUGAGGAGCUGGCACUGGAAAAACAACUGGCCGAUGUGCAAAAACAGCUCGCAGCGCUGUCCUCGCUGCCGUCCACCAUACAAUCGACCCUGGAUGCGGUGACCAAGCAGCUGGCCGAGCUGCUGCCCACAUUCAAGCUGCAGCAGCAACAGCAGCAGCAGCAGCAGCGGGACGAGGAGCAGCCGGAUGGCCAGCACGAAGGCAUGUCGAGCUCUGCGGCCGACAAGGAGCAACAGCAGGUGCAGCCGGAAGAGACAGCACCUGAAAAUAAUGAGGAUAAAUGCGAUGCCAAUGACCGAGAAGUGGCAGAAAUUUCGCUCUCGAAUGGCGACAAUCGCCAACUGGAGGAACAUCAGGAGCAGCAGAAGCAGCAGCAGGAGCAGCUCGACGAGGAGCUAAGCUUCAAGAAGCAAAAGAAACACAAUGUCAUUGAGGAGCUGGAGGAGCAUUUGGUGCGCAAAAACAAUCCCAGACGUUCGAAGCGCGCCUUUGGUCCCCUAACGCCAUCAUCGGAGCGUCCUCUGGUGCUGCCCGGCGGCAGGCGCUGGUAUCGACCCAAGGAUGCCUACAAUGAUGAAUUCAUUGCCGAAACUCUUAGCGCCCAGGCGGAGCUUAUCACUGGCAGCACACUGGGGGUCAACUUCAUGAAGUACCAAAAGCCGGAGCGCAAAAUCGACCUAAAUCGCAGCGAGGUAUAUAAAGUCAUACAUCAUCUGGAUCGUGCACCUGUCCGUGGCAUUGAGGUGCGUGCACCACUCGUGGCAGCCGAAUCGGAUAUACGCCAAGCGUUGCAGUCGUAGAAUUCCCAUUAAGCAGUUCUGUUCAACCAAUGUAAUAAUAUUCUAAGCAGCUCGACAAAUAUAUAGAUGAAAAACUAUGAAUA